GCAGAUCUUGGCGUCCUCCACUCAGCUCCACUGAGGAUGCUGUGUCAGCAUGUUUGCCAGUUUGGUCAGAAGCUGUUGCGCAGGCGGCCCCUGGGGCCAAAGCAGGGGGCUGAGAGUCACUUGGCCCGGUGCCUGAACACCCUAGAUCUGGUGGCCUUAGGUGUGGGCAGCACCCUGGGAGCAGGUGUAUACAUCCUGGCUGGUGAAGUGGCCAAGGACAAAGCUGGGCCGGCGAUCAUCAUCUGUUUCUUGGUGGCAGCCCUGUCUUCUGUGCUGUCCGGGCUCUGCUAUGCGGAGUUUGGGGCCCGCGUGCCAGGCUCCGGUUCUGCGUAUCUCUACAGCUAUGUCACAGUGGGACAAUUGUGUGCUUUCAUCACUGGCUGGAACCUCAUACUCUCUUAUGUCAUUGGUGCUGCCAGUGUGGCCAGGGCCUGGAGCUCUGCCUUCGAUGAUUUGACUGGGAACCAGGUCUCUCGGGUCCUGCAGGGAAGUUUCUCUCUGCAGGCCCCCCACGUGCUGGCCACACACCUGGACUUCUUCGCAUUGGGCCUGGUGCUGCUGCUCACUGGACUCCUGGUUCUGGGAGCUAGUGAGUCGGCUCUGUUUACCAAGGUGUUCACGGGUGUGAACGUUUUGGUUCUUAGCUUCAUCAUCCUCUCUGGCUUCAUUAAGGGUGAUCUACACCAUUGGCAGCUCACUGAAGAGGACUACAAACUGGCCAUGUCUGCCUCCAAUGACACUUCUAGCUUGGGCCCUCUGGGCUCUGGAGGGUUUAUGCCUUUUGGCUUUGAAGGGAUUCUCCACGGAGCAGCUACAUGUUUCUAUGCAUUCAUUGGUUUUGAUUGCAUUGCCACUACAGGAGAAGAAGCCCGUGAUCCUCAGCGUUCCAUACCCUUGAGCAUCAUAAUCUCACUCUUCAUCUGCUUUUUGGCAUAUUUUGGUGUCUCAGCGGCACUCACCCUCAUGAUGCCCUACUACCAGAUUCAUCCGGGCAGCCCCUUGCCACAGGCAUUUCUCUAUGUGGGAUGGGCCCCUGCCAGAUAUACCGUGGCUGCUGGAACUCUCUGUGCUCUUUCAUCCAGCCUCCUGGGCACCAUGUUCCCCAUGCCUCGAGUGAUCUAUGCAAUGGCAGAUGAUGGGCUCCUUUUCCGGGGACUUGCCCGGAUUCAUCCCCGCACGCACACACCCAUGAUGGCCACCAUAGUGUCUGGAACUUUUGCAGCGUUCAUGGCAUUCUUCUUUGAGCUCAGUGAUCUUGUGGACCUGAUGUCGAUUGGGACCUUGCUUGCUUACUCCCUGGUGGUCUUUUCCGUUCUUGUUCUCAGGUACCAGCCAGACCAGAAUUUAAGCAAGAACGAGAAAACGGAGAUGGAAAUAAUUGAGAGAAAGCCUGCACCUCAAGCAAGUUCUUUGAAAUCUAUACCUGAAGCAGGAACCGUACAAGCUCUGUGGAGUCUCUGUAACCCAGUCAACACCACCCCAACUCUGAAAUCUGGCCACAUUGCCUAUGGAUGUGCCUUACUGCUUGCUCUCCUGCUGACAAUCCUGUGCCUGAUACUGGCCCAGUGGCCCAGCCAUCUGUUCUCUGGAGACCCGGUGUAUAUCACAGGGUGUGUGCUGCUGCUGUUGCUCAUUAUUGGGCUCACUUUCAUCAUCUGGAGACAGCCCCAGAACCCCACUCCUCUUCACUUCAAGGUCCCUGCUCUGCCUGUGCUCCCACUGGUGAGCAUCUUUGCGAAUGUUUACUUGAUGAUGCAGAUGACCUCUGGGACCUGGGCCCGAUUUGGCGUCUGGAUGGUGAUUGGAUUUGCCAUAUACUUUGGAUAUGGGAUCCGACACAGCUUGGAAAUCAGUGAUGAACAGUCACCAGCCUCAAGCUCCCAAACUCUUGACAAAAACAUCCCUGGUGCUGAGUUAGCUUAACCACAAGAAACAGAUGCUGUGUGGAAUCCCUCCAUACACUGGAGGUAUCUUCUGGUUCAAGGGAGACUUUGAGCCUAUAUGGAGUGUA